UGCACACUAGUAUACUACUGCUGAGUCGAUAAUAAAGACAAACUCCGAUUACGUCGUUGUACGAGCCUCAUUAUAAUAAUAACUCGACAGUGACACCCACUAAUUCUAUAUUAAAGCAUCCAUAAAGUAGCAUGCCAUGGGACCUUUAACAUCUCGCAUCACAUACUAAAGGGAGGCGCCACCCAGUGGCGCUUUAUAGAGCUGACUGUUACAAAAAGGAAGCAACACAUGGCUGUGGAGACAAGAGCCAACGGCAUCAUCCUUUAUUCGGUUUGAUGGAAAUGAUCUCUGCACUUCUGCUCCUUCUAGGUAAACUUUUCCCCGUUCAUCGAGUAGUUGUAUUUUUCAUAGCUCGGCUUCAGCACAAUAGGUCUUGUAUUUAUUUUCUUCAUUUUACUUGAGUAUUCAGCAAUAUAACGGCGGUGUGUGUGUUUGUUUGUGUCUGUGUGUGUAAUAGUAGGCUUACUCUGCGUUAUGAUUGGUAAUAUACAUCGUUUAUAGUUGGAAUGUAUCAUGGUGUAAUAAUUGCGUAAAUGUUGGCUAUUAUUCAAGCAAAAUAGCGUGCGGUGCCCCUUCAUUUCGGUGGGGCAGAAACUACUGGCGUAUGACCACACCCACAAUAUAUAUAUAUUUUUUACAUAUAUAUUUUGAGCUACAUUAAAACAUGUUAACUAAACUAAUCGUGACUAAUUAGUUUAAAAAUAAACUAAUAGCCUAAUGUUACUGCACGCUGAAGUGCCAUCCGCCACAAUCGUCAUAUGAUGCCCCUUAUAGGGAAGUUAUUUCUUUCAUAUUUUAUUUUAACAACAGGCUUAGCGAGUGCAUUGCAAAUACAUGAAAAGUGGAAAUACAAGUCAUCAAUCAAGCAGACCUUCGAUUUGGAACUUGGCCAGACGAUGUGUGCAAAUCUGUGCAAAUCAAUAACAACUCUUUUGAAAUCAGAUAUUUCUCAAUAACAGCUGUUUAAAUCAGGUAUGAAAUCAGGUAUGCAAUUUGAAUACCUGCUGAAAUAAAUAAAUAAAUAGUCUUCAAUGCCGAAAGAUACAGGCAGAGUAAUUCGAUUUUAAACAACAACAGUCCUAGAAUAUGACCAUGGGGCAGACUACUUUACGACCAUAUGGGCGUCGCUGAUUGCAAUUCUUAUUGCAGCCUGCAGGGUUAUGCGAGAAACAUACGGAGGGACGCGGUCGUUGAGCUCCGUCGCCCCACAUUGCAUGACACGUUAAACUCAACCAGAAUCGCCACCAUCAAUUUGAUAUCAACAGACCAAAAAUAGUCGGAAAGCCUACAGAAACUAUAGAUAGUUAAUGUGACAAUCACAUUAUCAAAAAUAAACUUGGAGCAAUGAUUUACUGAGGAACUUUUUUUUUUGGGGUUAGCUGGAGUCCCGUGCAUGCACACUAGUAUACUACUGCUGAGUCGAUAAUAAAGACAAACUCCGAUUACGUCGUUGUACGAGCCUCAUUAUAAUAAUAACUCGACAGUGACACCCACUAAUUCUAUAUUAAAGCAUCCAUAAAGUAGCAUGCCAUGGGACCUUUAACAUCUCGCAUCACAUACUAAAGGGAGGCGCCACCCAGUGGCGCUUUAUAGAGCUGACUGUUACAAAAAGGAAGCAACACAUGGCUGUGGAGACAAGAGCCAACGGCAUCAUCCUUUAUUCGGUUUGAUGGAAAUGAUCUCUGCACUUCUGCUCCUUCUAGUGAUGACGUCAUCUGCUGACCAGGAAGUCAAGCAGAACCUGACCUCCACUGUGGGAGGAGAGGUCACCAUACCUGGGCCUGUCAAGAGCAGUGGAUAUCUUGUGAAAGAAAGACUUGUAAUCGCUUCAGUGAGAGAAAGUGGGUUGCAAAUAUAUGUUAAAGGUUUCCUGGACAGAGUGUCCUGGGACAGAGACACUGGGCGGUUCACCAUACGAAGACUGCAGAGCAACGAUUCCGGGAUUUAUUCUGUUAAUCAAGGAGAUAAAUCUGAUUCAAUCAAGCUGAGUGUUUAUGACGCCGUCCUGGAGCCUGGUGUCACCGUAACGUCUGUGAGCAGCGAGGGCUGCACCCUGCUGUGUGCUGUGGACCAACUGAGUGGAGGGACUCUCUCCUGGUAUCAAGGAGAGGUCCUGGUGAACCAGAGCAGCACCCAGCGCUCUCUCCCUCUGACCGUGGACAGGCUGGCUCUCCGGUCCUCCUACCGCUGUGUGUCUGCCAACCCUGCUGGUAACCUCACCCGGUCAGUCGACGCUAAUACGUCCUGCACAGUACAGCAGCGCACUGGUGAUGAAGAUGAAGAGGAGUCUAACAGGCUGCUCCGGAUUCUGAUUCCCAUCUUCUCUGUUGCGACCGUCAUAUCCGUCAUCGUAUUUGUUGUGAAGAGGAGGAAGAGAGCCACAGAUCUCCAAGCUUUAAUCCUAUCGGCCCAAGACGUAACACCAAAGGUAGGUGCUCUGUGGGUGCCUAUAUACAGUCUAGUCCACCUUACUACAGUCCCUAAUCACAGUUCCAUUCCCAAAGGCCUCAUAGACCAAAAGAUACCCUCAAAUUAUAUCUCACAAAUCCACAAAAAUACAUUUUCAAAUUGUGUUUUACACAAUUACAUCUUUACUCACUUUCAGAUAAUUCUUUACACACAAACUAGUCAGUAUGCUUUUGUUGAUCUCGCAGAGUUACCGUACCGCAGGGGAUCCGUAGGUAAAAAGGAGGAGGCUGUUCAGGAAAACACUUUGUACGAUCUGCUGCAGGCUCCCCGCAUCGUUGAUCCGACCGCUGCAGAGCGCACCUGAAGCUCACGAGAAGGAGCUUAACAAGGCCGCUACAACACGCCCCUCAGAUGCAACCCGCUGCAGGUUCAUCGCAUCGCUGCCCCGACCGCCACAGAGCGCGCUUGAAGCAAACAAGAACCAAAAGGACUUAAACGGCUCAUGUUGUAUCUUAAUUUAUGUUGUUUUUUUAUCGAAAGUUUUUAUUAUUAUUAUUAUUUUUAUUAGUCAUUUUUUAUUAUGCGCUUUGUUAAAGAAAUGCAUUUGUCCAUGGAGUCAGAGUUCUUUGGAAGAAAGGAGAAACGCCUUUUAGGUCAUACUGUAUUUCCUCCAUAAAGGGGAUCUCCCACGGUUGGAAGGUUCUCAUCCGUUAUCGCCAUCCGUUAUCGCCAUCCGUUAUCGCCAUUGUUUGCGCUGGCACACAAAAGAUUGUCCUAUCGCUGAGUAUAGAAAUGUCUGGUUAGAGCUGUAUCAUUAACACCACCAUUAACAUCUUGUGAGUUUGGGCCUUUUAGGGCCUUUUGGCUCUUUAUUAAUAAACAUCCUCCAAUAAUCUUGGUUGGAAGGUAAAUUAUCAAUCACAUCAAUGACCUAUACUCACCAAACCGUUAUUUUCCGUCUGGGAGACAUUAAGGGACUCUCUUUUCAUUAUAUUUUACCUUUAAUUAACCAGGCAGAUCAUUAAGAACAAGUUCUUAUUUACAGUGAUGGCCUGACAACAAACACAAGCUUCUUGGGGGGGAAGGGAAAAGGGGAAGUGAGAAAGAAUGGGUUAGAGAGGCAGCAGCACACAAACACAGCUGUACAGACGUACAACAAUGCAGCAACAGGGACCUGCAGGGUUAACAUACAGCUACGUAGACAUACAACAAGCACAAGCAAAGAACAGGAUUACAUAAACAAGGCAAAACAGCAAGAAUAAACUUAUAACAAAAUAACAAUUGUGAAAAAACAUUUAAAAACUUUAACAUUUAACUGUACUUGUUCAAUGGGGACGAGAGGACCAACAGAAAUAUUGACAUUAUAAGACAGUCGAAAAUUAUAUAAUACACAUGACACAUAAGCAAUGUACACCCACAAUGUACAGUUCACAUAGUUCAUGUUAGUGUUUUGUAGUUCAUUCCACGACUGAGGAGCACAAAAGCUGAACGAUUCAGACACCGAGUGGACCUGCAGAAACAAGCAGCGUACCGUUUUGGUAACCUUUAAGUUGGUAUCCUGCAUAACAUCCUGGUAACGUGAUCAUGCAAGGCUCCAGGCUAAUAAUUAUCUGAGGGUUAGGCUGGUCCAACGCUUUCUUAUUUUAAGGAUGGGGCGACUGUGCCACCAGGUGGCAAAAAAAGCAAUAAUACAGCAUUAGUUUUCACUUGGCUUUGCAGAAGAGGAAAGACUAUAUAAAAUGAAGAGGACUUCUAUUUUUUACUAUAUUAGAUCAGUUAACACAUUACAAAUAACAACCGUUUCGCAAACUCACACCAAAGACUAGAUGAAACCGAAAAUAUUGUAUUAGAUAUGAACGUUAAGAUUACAUGCUAGUACGUGGUGUAACGGCUGGGUGACUUGCAGGGGAAAUAGGACUCAAAAGCACCACUCGGGUAACAGAUGCCUGUUUAGAAAGGGUUUGGUAUUACAGUGCUAUACUGGUUUGGAGUCACUUGGUCACAUGGAAUAGAAGCUAUUGAGAUUAUAUAGUAUAACUUCUGCAUAUUAAUAGGAAAAAAUAGAGGAAGCAGUAAAAUAGCUGAACGCGUAUUUAAAAGACAAUACCACUCUGAGAUCAAACCAUGGUAACUGUUUCUCCUGGAUCACUGAAACAUCGUUACCAACAUCAUUCUACAUUAACAUCACGCUCCUUGUGCCGAAGAGCAUUUAGUGGACUUCAGUCUGCAGCGAAUUAUGGCAAUAAAGCACUUAAAGGGAAACUUCACCCAUUUCCAUUAAGCUUUGUAUCGUUAGAAACCCACUCAUAUUUAUGAGGGGCCGUAUGGGACAUUAUUCAGAAUAAGCAUGCACAUACACAUAUGAAACCAAACUCAUUCACAUACUAUACUGAAAAACUCGCACACAUACAAGUGAAAAGCUUUUACAUACACAACUGAAACACUCUCACACAAACAACUGAAAAAUUAUACGCUCACAUACACAACUGAAAAGCUUGCAUAAAACCUAGUGAAACCUUUUACAUGGACUACUGAAAUGCUUUCACACAUACUGGUAAAAUGUUCUCAUAAACACAGCUGAAAAAUGUUCUCUCACACACAUAUGAAACCAUUCACAUACUAUACUGAAAACCUCACACAUACACAAGUGAAAGCUUUUACAUACACAACUGAAACACCUUCACUCAAACUGAAAAGCUCUCGUAACAACUAGUGAAACCUUUUACAUGAACUACUAAAAUGCUUUCACACAUAGGCCUACUAGUAAAAUGUGCUCAUAUACACAGCUACUGAAAACCUCGAGACACGUAACUCUAGAUUCUAUGAGUAUAGGCGCAGCCUUUUAAGUGUCGGCCACAUUGUCCUUUAAAUAGCUGAAGAAAAGCUGUUUAUUGGUAGCAGAACGUCCGCCGGCGCCCGACUAUAUCUGCGAAAUGCGGACGUCGUUGAGGCACGCCGCACGCGCUCGCAAUUAAUAUCUACGCGUGUGAUAUGAUAUAAUACGCCCGAAUGCAUGUUUUCACUGAAACGCCUUCCGUUUUCACUGAAAUCCUCACACACGUACUAGUGAAAAGCAUUGACACACACAAAUGAAACACUCUCACACAAACAACUGAAAAAUGAUACGCUCACAUACACAACUGAAAA